AUGACGUGUGACGUGAGAUGAGUUUCACCAGUCAUGUCCAUGUAAUUUCUCUGUCUUGUUGGUUUUCGGGAUGUUUGCUACCUGGCGGUUGUUCUUAUCAGUAGAAUCUCUGCCGCAGCAAACGCACUCUUUUCAAUGCAGCAAGUUGAGAUCAGAUGCAUUAUUAGUGAACCCUGAAGAAAAAAGUUAACAGGCCUAGAUACUAUUAGUUUAUAGAAUCAUUCUAUUUUUUAGAUUUGUAAAGCAUUUAUAAACAUCACCUCCAUAUUGUACUUCCCAAUCAGAAUAUUCAGAGAAUAUUGACCAAAAAUAUUAAUAGAAAAGAUUAAGGAAACUAUACUGAUUGUCUGCUUAUAAUGCCAUCCACAUUCAUCCAAACCUUGUUUCAUUCCUUCACUGAUGGGGGAACAGAUUUGACAGCUGGCUCUUAGCUCAUUCUGCAUUGAUAUAGCAUCAAUCAGUCAUCUGAAUCACCAUGGCACCCACACCUCCCUCCUACAGUAGCCUGCAAUCUACAGUCUGAAGACGGUUGGCUGUACUGACAACCACAUUAGCCAUUAUAGCCACCCACUCACUCCACAGUGCAACAAUAGCCAGGCUAAUGGAACCUGUAGGAAGUGUGUGUGUGUGUGUGUGUGUGUGUGAGAGAGAGAGAGAGAGAGAGAGAGAGAGAGAGAGAGAGAGAGAGAGAGCUAGAGAGCGAGAGAGCGAGAGAGAGAGAGAGAGAGAGCUAGAGAGAGAGAGAGAGAGCUAGAGAGAGAGAGUGUGUGUGCUUGUGUGUAUUUUUUCGUGCUUGUCUGUGUUCCUGCCUGUGCCUGUGUGUAUGAUUGAACCUGCGAGGAACUGAUCUUUGCCCCGUUGUUCACAUCAUCAUUAUGAGUCAUUCUCACAGCGAUACAGGAUGGCGAGCUACAGAGAAGAUGGUGUUGCGUUUCACACUGUGUCAACAAGCUAAGUGGCUUCUCACCUUUUGUUCCACAUUUAGAUGAUGCACUGAUCGACGAGGAGGGAGAACAGCACAGUUACACCAACAAACACAUAGGAUAUGAACCCCACACAGCAUGUAUUCCUGCAUCUACUGUGUAUGUAGCCCACGCAACAUCUUUACAUGACGCACCUUGGAAUUACAGCCAGUAUGGACAUAAUAAACUCUAUGCAUAUUGUCGAAUGAAAGAGAUACAGUAGACCUACCUGUGGAAAUCAACAUAAUAACGAUAACAUCUGGUUUGACACAAACCUCCCAGAUAGUGCAGGAGGAAGACAGUCAGAGGCAUAUCACAGCAGCCAUUUGUAUAAAGCUCUCACCAUCAUCAUCAUCAUCACUAUCGUUUUAACAUCAUCUUCAACUUCAGCCACACGAGGAACCAGGGAACAACUAAGUGGAAUAAAACCAAGCUGCAUUACCAAGUAUUAUACCCUCUGCACAGUAAAGCCAAACGGAGUUGCGUUAACCAGCAUCUAAUCGAUUGUUCAGCACUGUUUGUAAUUGCGAUCCAAAUCAUCCAGACAGACUGUCAUUGCGAAGUAGUUAGAACCCAACAGAGCUGUGUUACCCAGCAUCUGAUCCUCUGCACUGCUUCUUUCCCCAUUCAGAUCGUCCAGGCAGGCAGACAUGGUGAAGCUGGGCAGUAACCUGGCUGAUAAGCUGGAGAAAGAACAGUCUAUGGAUGAUGGCUUUGAUAACAUCCCCCUCAUCACCCCUCUGGAGGUGAACCAGCUGCAACAGCCGUACCUAGACAAGGUAACAACGUGUGUGUGUGUGCGUGCGCAUGAGUGUGUGUGCGUGUGUGUGUGCGUGCGCACAUGCAGUGAUUAUUACACGUGUUCAGUACAUCCUGUCUGUACAUUACAUUACAAUACACGUCUGGACACACAUCAAGCCUGCAUCCCUUCUGAACCUACCAUUGGUCCCUGUACUGUGCCUUGCCCCAGCCUCCCUGUUAACCCAAUGCUUCAGAGUGCUGUGGCAUCACCCCACACUAUCUCAGACCUCUUAGAAUACAUAGUAGAUCACACACACACACACACCUUACAGUGCUAUUUAAGGUAGCAGCCCAGUUUCAACCCAGCGAUCUGACUCAGAGUGCUUUGUGUGCGAUGCUGCUGUUCAUCCUCAGGUAAUCGUGAAGACCACAACAGAGUAUCAGCUGCAGCAGAAGAAAAAGAAGAAGUUGUACGUGCCGGGAAUCAGGAAGCUGAAUAUAAAACUGUACGACGAGGUAUCAGAGAAGGUCAAGGUAAAGUCUUAUCUAGGGGCUAGUAGUAUGUUUACUGAAGUAGAACUACUGGGAAUAAUGGUGAUAUUCAUGGUUGUGUGUGUGUGUGUGUGUGCAUGUGUGUGUUUUUAUGUGUAUGUGUGUGUAUGUGUUUGUAUGUGUGUGUGUGUGUGUGUUUGUAUGUAUGUGUGUGUGUGUGUGUGUGUGUGUGUGUGUGUGUGUGUGUGUGUGUGUGUGUGUGUGUGUGUGUGUGUGUGUGUGUGUGUGUAUGUGUAUGUGUGUGUGUGUGUGUGGUGUGUGUGUGUGUGUGUGUUUGUAUGUAUGUGUGUGUGUGUGUGUGUGUGUGUGUGUGUGUGUGUGUGUGUGUGUGUGUGUGUGUGUGUGUGGUGUGUGUGUGUGUGUGUGUGUGUGUUUGUAUGUGUGUGUGUGUGUGUGUGUGUGUGUGUGUGUGUGUGUGUGUGUGUGAGUGUUCCAGCUCACAGGUUUGAUCCUCAUCACCCUUGGGUUCCUGGCUUGUCUUCUCCUGCUGGUCAUGUACAAGGCUCUGUGGUACGAUCAACUUACCUGCCCAGAGGGCUUCGUUCUCAAGGUAGGCAUCACUAACACACAUACACACACACACGUCUUCUAUCCGAACAGCUUACAUGUCCGAGGGCAAGAUAGACUACUGAAAGCGUCAUCAUCAUCACACAUAAACAUAAACACACACUGCCUCCUAUCCCAGUCAGACGGUCCUAGGGGGUUACAUUCAUUAAAUUCACAGACAAGAAGCAGAGGUUGUUUCUCUAACUAUUUUGGUCACCUGCAAUGUCUCACAGAGACCAACAGAGUUCUUAUAAUCGCCUUCACAGACAUAAUUAUCAUCCAGUCCCAAUGACAUACUAAUACACCCUCUCCUAUAGUCCAUACUUACUAUACACCUCAUCUAAUACUCAUACUGUAUUCUGUUUACAACAUAUUUUCCCACCAGAGACUUCUAAGGGAUUCUCGCCCACUCUUUCUGUCUCUUCAUUCUGGUAACAUAAACUCAUUAUCUCCUUAGGACACCUCCCAGGCAUCGUGUACUCAGGCAACGCUCCACGCCUGUUACUCUCUAUAAAGGCCUCCUGUCUUUUAAAGAGAGAGAGGCAGGCAAGGCUUUUUGGUCAGGCAGUAGAUUGGAACGCCCGUGAAUCAGAGAGGGGCCUUUCAUAAAGGCUGAGCGUGACUAAACUGUGAUUAAAGGCUUAAGACGAAAGGAGGGAGAUGGGCAAGGGGGCCUUCCCGGCAAAGGCUUUUGAUGUUGACGGGUACAGUGUAGCUCGCAGCGUUUCUCCACGGCUAAUGUGUUGUUGGAGACAUGGGGGAGGAAAAAGGAGAGUCAAACAGAGGGUGUCGUGGCGUUGUCUUUCGUUUAGUAGAGCGAAGGCAGCCAGGCUUGUUGUGAGAGGUAAUUUCUCACACUACUGAUGGAAGGUCAGGUAGUCUGUCAGGAAGCCUUGGUUUGCCCUCAGGGGUUUGUUCAGGAGGCCGAUGCUACUCAAUGGAAAACGCUCUUAAGGAAAACUCACUUGAAGCUUCUCCUGUCAAGCAGAGCUUGGCAAAUUGGAGGUGGAGUUCCUUUCUUUAUUCCUUCGACAGCUUACGUGUUCAUUUAUCUAAGGAUGGCAACUCAGGUGUCAUAUCUAAUGAGACGAAGCUGGCACAUCUAGGUUUGAAUAUGAAAAAUAAUUUCCCUGUAGGAACCUUUCUCACCCUCGCCCACGCUGUGGAAUAAGGCUUUGUAUGACUCACUUGUAAAAAGUAGUUUCAGUGAAGGGUAAGGCAGUAGCAUGUGACUUGCCCUCAUCAUUUAUUGAGUCCUACCACAACCCAUGUGAUUAUGAUGACCAGAAUACCUGCUGUCCCUAACCGUAAAUAGAGGCAACAUCAUAAUCCGACAUCCCUUUGCGCACCUCUUCACAGACCCUUCUGCCUCCUGGAUCCUUUCUCUUACAGAGUUGGGGGUCACUUUUUAUUCACUCAAUUCAGGAAGUGAUUUAAAAUUGCAACGUUUUUCUGUACCGUAAUUCACAUCCUGAAGUAAAUAAUACAAUUGACACCAACCACCCUCUCUCUCCUCUUCCCCAUGCAGCACAAGCACUGCACCCCAGCAGCAGUCCUGGAGCCCUGGUACUACACAGAGCAGCAGCAGAAGGAGGACCCAGGCGUGGCCCCCCGCUCCAGCAGUCUCUACACCGCCCUGGGUCACCUCAACCAGGCCAAGAGGACCACCACCGGCGCCAUCAUCCCCGAGCUGCCCCCGUCACCAUGGUUCCCCGUCAUCAACGCCCUGAAGCAAGCCGAGAGGGCCAAAGAGGAGGCGAGUCGUUCGAAGGAGUGAGGGAUGCAGGGCUUUCCAGAGGGAAAGGGUUUAGGAAGGGGUGAUGAGGAUAGAAGGGAAUGUGAGAUCUCCGAAAGGAAGGGUUAGGAAGAGGGGAUGGAGAUGGAGAUAAGGGAAAAAAGUGUUGUUUACUUGGGGGAGUUCCAUAUGAGGUAUUGUGGGUAACGCUCCAAAUGUCUGUUUAGGUGUCAGCGUAUGUGACUCAUUUGCAGUAAAGUUAAUCUCUCUAUGACGUUAUCAGUGAGGACCACCGCCUUGUGUUAUGUGUGUGCGUGCCUGUGCGAGAGAGAGAGAGAGAGAGAG